GCCUAUCUCGGUGCCGCCAUCUGUGUGUUACGAAGGAAAUUUGGAGGAGAAAAAGAAGCUGGACAAUUGAAAGGAGAAUCCCCGAGUCCAUUCUGGAAUAUCAACACGUCUCCGACCCAAGGGCGUGAGAGGUCGAGCUCUCGCUAGCACCAAGCAGUAACAGGUCCAUCUACAUCCUCGAGACGCCUACACAGCCAUGGCACCAUCAAAGGAGAACGGCAAUUGGUCGACCAACUUUGACACAGUGCGCCGUCACGACCUCUUCCGCAACCCUCCCUCGGACAAGUCGGCAUACCCUACUCUGGCCUCGGCCGUCGACCCUCAUGUACAAUCCUUCAACGCCGUCUUCGCAGAGAAGGGCCAGCUCUACCAUGCUCUUCGUGACAUUGGUACCAAGACUUUCUUCGACGGCAACCCAAAUGAGCCCUUCUCGGCCGAUGGUCCUCGACGAAACAGGCUUCAAGUCCGCGUGAAGGAGGUCUUUCUUGAGAAGAGCAUGCUUCCUCCUUCCAACAAGAUCGACAAGAAGCGCGAGAUUCUUCCCGUAGAAUGCAGAGAGCGCCACUGCACCUACAGAGGUCGCUUCAGAGGCCGCUUUGAGUGGCGCAUCAACGAGGGCGAGUGGAGGGAGAGUGUCAGAGAGUUCGGUUCUCUGCCCAUCAUGUUGCGCUCAAACCGCUGUCACCUCGAGGGUCUUUCACCAAAAGAGCUUGUCGACAAGAGAGAAGAGACCGAGGAGCUGGGAGGAUACUUCAUCGUCAACGGUAUCGAAAAGCUGAUUCGUAUGCUCAUCGUCAACCGAAGAAACUACCCCAUGGCCAUCAUCCGUCCCUCUUUCGUCAACAGAGGUGCAACAUACACAAAAUUCGGUAUCCAGAUCCGUUCCGUCAGACCCGAUCAAACCUCGCAAACCAACGUCCUCCACUACCUCAGCGAUGGUAACGUCACCUUCCGUUUCUCAUGGCGCAAGAACGAGUACCUCAUCCCCGUCAUGAUGAUUUUCAAGGCCCUGGUUGAGACGAAUGACCGCGAGAUCUUCGAAGGAUUGGUCGGCCCUGCUGGAAGCAAGGGUAUUGAAGAGAAGCAAUUCGUCACCGACCGUGUCGAACUUUUGCUACGCACAUACAAGGCCUACAACGUCCACGGACAAGCGAAGACACGCGCAUACCUUGGAAGCAAGUUCCGUAUCGUCUUGAGCGUGCCUGAUGACAUGUCCGACGAGGAUGCUGGUGUCGAGUUUCUGAGAAGAAUCGUUCUUCCUCACCUCGGAACAUCUGAUAACAAGGAGACCAACGACGCCGACAAGUUCCGUAUGCUGCUCUUCAUGACCAGAAAGCUGUACUCACUUGUCGAGGGAGAGUGUGCUGUCGACAACCCUGAUGCUGUUCAGAACCAGGAGAUCCUCUUGCCCGGUUUCCUCUACGGUAUGAUUGUGAAGGAGCGCAUCGAGGAAUGGCUGAACUCGAUCGGUCUGCAACUCCGCGAUUGGGGCAGGACCACCAAUUGGGCGCCUAUUGUUUCUGAGGAGUUUGAACGUGACUUCAGCGCAAAGAUCCUCCGCAGAACCAACGAGAACUUGGCGCAGGCACUGGAUUACUUCUUGUCCACUGGUAACCUGGUCUCUCCCAGUGGUCUGGAUCUGCAACAAACCUCCGGCUUCACCGUCGUUGCUGAAAAGAUUAACUUCUGGCGUUUCAUCAGUCAUUUCCGCAUGGUUCACAGAGGUAGUUUCUUCGCUCAACUCAAGACCACAACUGUCAGAAAGCUGUUGCCUGAGAGUUGGGGCUUCCUCUGCCCUGUCCACACUCCUGAUGGUUCCCCUUGCGGUCUUCUCAACCAUUUGGCUCACAAGUGUAAGAUUGCCACAAAUGCUGUCGAUACCAAGACUAUUCCUGGUCUGAUUUCACAACUGGGUGUUACCGAGACCCCUUCUGCAUCCGUCGAUGAUAGCGUCGUCGUCAUGCUCGAUGGUCGCAUUCUCGGUUUCUGCUCCCCUAAACAAGCUCGUGUGAUCGGGGAUACUCUACGCUACUGGAAGGUCGAGGGUACUCACGGCAUUCCUUCCGAGCUGGAAAUUGGUUACAUCCCCAACUCACAUGGAGGCCAAUACCCCGGUGUUUACAUGUUCUCGCAAGCAGCCAGAAUGUUCAGACCUGUCAAGUACUUGCCGCUGGGUAAGGAGGACUUUGUCGGUCCUUUCGAACAGCCGUUCAUGUCCAUUGCCUGCACGGAGCCCGAAAUCGUCUCAGGCGACUCUACUCACGUCGAAUUCGAUCCUACCAAUAUUCUCUCUAUUCUCGCCAACCAAACACCCUUCUCAGAUUUCAACCAAUCUCCCCGUAACAUGUACCAAUGCCAAAUGGGUAAGCAGACCAUGGGUACUCCUGGAACUGCUUUGAAAUACCGUACCGAUAACAAGUCAUACAAACUUCAAACUGGACAGACACCAGUUGUUAGGCCCCCUCUGUACAACGAAUAUGGUCUGGACAACUUCCCCAACGGAACCAAUGCCGUCGUUGCUGUCAUCUCAUACACUGGUUACGACAUGGACGACGCUAUGAUUAUCAACAAGUUCGCCCACGAGCGCGGCUUCGGUCAUGGAACCGUCUACAAGACCAAGAAGGUCGACCUUGCAGAGGAAAGCGGUGGCAGACGUGGUCGUGCCAACGUGAAGAAGCUCUUCGGUUUCGCUCCUGGCGGUCUCGUUCGUGCACAAUGGCGCGCAUCUCUGGAUGACGACGGCCUCAUCGCCGUCGGCAUGAAGGUCAAGAACGGCGACAUCAUCGCUGCAUCGCACACCGUCACCAAGGAUCCCAUCACUGGCGAAUAUAUCAACCGUGAUGGCAUCACUCACUUGCACAAGUACAAGGACAAUGAGGAGGCAUACGUUGAGGAGAUCAAGAUGCUCGGCACAGACACUGGUGGUGAUGAACCCUGCCAGAUGCUCAGCAUCAGACUUCGCAUUCCUCGUUCGCCUGUUAUUGGUGACAAGUUCUCUUCUCGUCACGGACAGAAGGGUGUUUGCUCGCAAAAGUGGCCUACUAUGGACAUGCCAUUCAGUGAGAGUGGUAUGCAGCCUGAUGUCAUCAUCAACCCUCACGCUUUCCCUUCUCGUAUGACUAUUGGUAUGUUUGUCGAGUCACUGGCUGGAAAGGCUGGAUGUCUGCACGGUGUCGCACAAGACAGCACACCGUUCAAGUUCAAGGAUACCGCAGGCGAGACUGCCGUCGAGCACUUCGGUCACCAGUUGAAGCGCGCUGGCUUCAACUACUAUGGUAACGAGCCCAUGUACUCUGGUAUCACUGGUCAGGAGCUCGGCGCCGAUAUCUACAUGGGCGUCGUUUACUACCAGCGUCUUCGUCACAUGGUCAACGACAAGUUCCAGGUUCGUACCACCGGUCCUGUCACUGCUUUGACCGGACAGCCCAUCAAGGGUCGUGCCAAGGGUGGUGGUAUCCGUGUCGGUGAGAUGGAGAGAGAUUCUCUGAUUGCUCACGGUACAGCUUUCCUGCUGCAAGAUCGUCUGAUGAACUGUUCCGAUUACCAAAAGGCGUGGAUUUGCCGCGCCUGUGGCUCUUUCCUCUCCGCACAGCCUACCGUCAACCAAUACAGUCAUAAGAAGGGCGUCAAUGCCAGCAAUGUCAGAUGUAGAAGAUGCAGUACGAAGGCUUCUGGUUCAGAGCCAAGAAGUGACACCUGGGAGGAUGGCAGAGGUGACAAGUUCGUUGGUGGUUCGGACGUCACGGUCGUCGCUGUUCCCGGUGUCUUGCGCUACCUGGAUGUCGAGCUGGCGGCUAUGGGUGUCAAGAUGAAGUUCGAUAUCACGCCGUAGAUCUAAAAGCUGAUGGGGUGGUUGUUUGCAUAUAAGCAUUUGCAUAUUUCUUUUUACUAUACCAAAAUGGAGUUUAGCUGGUUUUCGUUACUCAAUUAGAUCUACAUUUCUCGAAAUGCG